UUGCAAUCGCGAUUGAGUUUACUUUUGAAAUUUUGCAUGGUCUAACAUAUCCUGCCCAACACGCAGCAACUUCUUUGUGAAUUUUCAAAACAUCCACCCAUAACGUUCACGAAAUUUGCAACGUUCAAAGCGUUUUCACUCUGUGUGCCUCCGCUUAAAAGCUUUCACAUGUCACGUCACCAACCUAACCCGAAUCUUGCGACGUACCGGCGUCCCCGUUGCAAAUAGGCGCCACUCUGGUCAGCCCCUGAGCAAACAGCAUCGACCCAGAUGCGUGCCGCUUCCGCCCAAUUUAAAACGCCUCCAGCUCCAACCGCUCGUUUUUUGCCUGUUUUUGUUGAGCCGGUCAGCAUUCCGUCCCGCGCCGGCCUUCCUAGACCCUCCACCAAACCAAACCCCAAGAACGCAACAACUACACACAGAACGAAUGAACCGGCCACGCACCCCAAGAACUUCGUGACCAUGUCCGUGUCCGCCUCUCCUGCGACGCAGCUCCGGUUGUCUUAGUGAGUGACAGCAACAAGAUCGUGCAGUAUGGCGCUGUUGCUCAGGCUGCUGCUCGCCGUCGGGCUCCCCGUCGUGGCGCUGGUCGCGGUCGCCUUCUUGGUGUACCGGCGGCGAAGCUUACCGCGUAACGCGCCGCCGGAGCUGCCGGACGUAGCUCCUGCGUAUGGUGGGGAGCCGACGGCGAGCCCCGGGCUGGCGAAGCUUAACAUGAGGUACAGAGCGGCCAGCGGGCGCGUGGGGGUCCGAUUCCAGCAGUUGCACCACCACCACCAUGGACAUGUCCGCGUCGACGUGAGGCACCGGGGGCCGGGCGGCGGCGCGCAGCAGGGGCCGUUCCAGUGGGCGGACCACCCGCGGCUGGUGACCGAGGCGGUGGAGAACGGGUGGGCGCAGUUCGUGUUCGCGGUCGCGCCGCCGCGGUCGAAGUCCGCGUCGUCGUCGCCGCUGUGGGGGACCUGCCCUGUCUGCAACGCCGGGACGAGCCGCGACAUGGCGGAGGCCGCGUGGGAGGUGCCAGCGGGAUCGGCCGAGCGGAUGCAGGCGGUGCGGCUCAACCCAUCGACCACGUCCGCGUCCAGCAAGAAGUGGCUCCCCGGAAGCAUCCCGAGCCCCCUCCGCGGCGACACGGACGCGGGGAAUCCCAACGCCCUGUGCCUCGCCAGGAUGAGCUUGCCGCUGCCCGGGCCGCCGCUUUCCGGCACGCCGUUCCCGCAGGACGCCUACUUCGAGAUCACCAUCAUAUACCUUAACACGAAGCGGCCGGAGUGGUCAGCGUCGAGGGCGAGAAGGCGCGGAAAGGACGGCUCCAGCGAGAGCGACCAAGUCAAGCUCAUCAGUUUUGCACCGGACGCCAAGAACCCAAUCCAAGAGAACAGAGCCGCGAAGGACGAUCAACAAGACACACAGAGGCAUUUAGUCAUGUCGCUGGGCCUCGCCGCCGCGGCCGCCUCUCCGCAACAGCCGUCGCUGGCCGGAACGUACGCGUCGUCCAUUGGCUUCCACUCCAACGGCGUGGUCUACCUCGACGGGAUGAAGCUGGUGUACGAAUCGGACAAGUCAUUGUGGGCGGGCGUGGACAAGGUGGUGGGCUGCGGCUUCGAGCCGGCGAAGCGAAAGGUAUUCUUCACGGUGGACGGGCAGCUUGUCCACGCCGUGAGCUGCAACGCCGAGGCGUUCUCGAGCCCGCUGUACCCGGUGCUGGCCUCCAGCUUCGACGUGAUGGCGCUGGUCAACCUCGGGCAGGGCAAGUUCCGGUACGCGCCCGCCAACGCGCGGCGCACGGCCAACCCGUGCUUCGUGCGCGCCGCGUCCGCGGUCGACGGCAGCGGCAGCGGUUCCUUGGGCCUCGACUUCGACGACAGCGGCGAUCUCUUCUCCAUGGGCCGCGUGGACUCCGGGUGGCUGGAGGCGUCGCAGAUGAGCAAGAGCAGGACGGAGAGCUCCGGCGGCGCGGCGGCGGCGGCCGGCGACCUGGAGGCCGAGUCCGACCUCUUCGAAAUCUCGCUGCGAGACUGAGACGGAGCCGGAGACCGACAGGUGGACCAUUUGUCAAACAGGAAUUAGUUGCAGUAAUGGCGAAUGGCCACGCUGAUACUGACACAUGCCUAGGAGUUAGGACACUGCAGGAUAACUUGAUCGUUGUCGUUGCUGCUGAGCUGAUGUAGCUGUACUAUCAUCUAGCUGUUGUUAUCUAGGUGUGAAAAAGUGUUACAAGUAGGUUAAAAGGAUUGAAAGCUUCUCUCAUGAGCUUUUGAUUCGUUGUUCCCUUUUGUGCUUUUUGGUUUUUUUGUUUUUAUAUAUGAGUCGGACACA